AUGUCCGAUAGACCUUCGCACAGAGGCGGCCGCGGCGGCGACCGAGGUGCCCAUCGAGGCAGGGGAGGAGCAGCUGGCGGCCGCGGAGGCUCGUCCAACGCCCAGGGCGAGCGGCCCAAGAAGGAGAACAUCCUGGACCUGGCCAAGUACAUGGACAAGGAGAUUAUUGUCAAAUUCAACGGCGGCCGUGAAGUCCGCGGCACCCUGAAGGGCUACGACGCCCUCAUGAACCUGGUCCUCGACCAAGUCCAGGAAACACUCCGAGACGACGAAGGAAACGAGUCAUCUCGGCCCCUUGGCCUCGUUGUCGUCCGAGGCACGCUCCUCGUCCUCAUCAGCCCCGCCGACGGCAGCGAAGAGAUCGCCAAUCCUUUUGCCCAGCCUGAAGAGGAUUAA